AUGACUGAUGUUACCCCGACACAAGCGUUUAACAUUAUCUCGAACGCGUUAAGAAAUAUCUUGAAUGAUCUGCAUAAUAUUACACCUGUGGUUCGACCAUAUCAACUACCAUGUGAAAUUGAAAGUCCGUUAAAAGAAGUAUGGAGUGAACUUCAAAAAGCCAGUGAUUUAGACGAUCAAAUUAAUAUGAUGGUUUACGCUUUCUUUUUGUGGGAACUAUUAAAAUCAGUAACUAAGUCAGAAAGGAAUUAUUAUAUUAAAAAAUUGGAAAUUAGUAGAUAUUUCAUUAGUGCAUCUAAGAGAAUUUUUUAUACUUUUGAGGAUAUUGGGGUUGAACAAAUUAAUAAGAUCUCUACUAUAAAAUUAAGACUGUUUACCAGACUACACAAAGACGACUAUAAGAACUUGUUACGACAAAUCUCUCAAGGCCUUCCUCAAUAUACUACAAACAUGCUAGGAGCACCUAAUUUAACUCUUAUGCCGCCGCCUCCAUAUAAUUACGAAAUGAACACACCUAAUAAUUUAUCAAAUGCAAAAGUUCAAGAAACUAAAUGUGAAACAAGUGUUUUGGUGGGUUGUAAGGUGAUUCGGCAGCCCAAGCAAUUGCGA